UAACCACACGCAGCUCAAUCACGACAUUUAUUCGGCGUUCACUAUGCAUCACCUCAACACUCUCGGUGUAAGGACGCCCAAACACAGUAGACCGUACUGUAAAUACUACACGUGCCCCAUCCACUCUACCUUACAGGAUUCUCUCCGCAAAUAACAUGGGUUAAGAGGAGGAUGUCUGGAUAAUUCAUUUCAACUCUUUGCAAGGAUGGGGACUCGGAUAUUGUUUUCUGGCAGAGGCAUUUUGACAAAGACGAAGAGAGAAAUCAAAGAUUGGCUUUAAUAUCAUCCUUCAACUCUUUCAUUUCCUUUCCUUCUUUUCUUUUUUGAGAGAUGAUCGCAGAGUUGGUGUGCAGCGCCGUGGCACUGCUCCUGUAUGUCAACACUCUGGAUGCCGAUUUCUGCUACGAUGACAGCCGUGCUAUCAAGACCAACCAGGACCUUCUCCCCGAAACACCUUGGAUCAACAUCUUCUACGAUGACUUCUGGGGGACACUUCUCACCCACAGUGGUAGCCAUAAGUCCUAUCGCCCACUCUGCACACUCUCCUUUCGACUCAACUACGCCCUGGGUGCCUUAGAUCCCUGGGGUUACCACCUGGUCAAUGUGGUUCUACACUGUGCCACGACUGCCCUGUUCUCUAGCCUCUCAAGCCUGCUGCUUGGGUCGGGUUGCUGGAGCCUGCUGGCUGGGCUUCUCUUUGCCGCUCACCCCAUUCACACAGAGGCCGUGGCGGGAAUUGUGGGCCGGGCCGACGUGGGAGCCGCCCUCUUCUUCCUUCUGGCCCUACGCUGCUACAUAUGCCAUUGUGCCAUGAAGACGAGUGCCCACAGGCGAAGCUGGACGUGGUUUUUGGCCACCUUGGCAUGUGCUUCCUUCAGCAUGCUGUGGAAGGAACAAGGCGUAACGGUGCUGGCUGUGGCUGCCAUGUACGAUGUGUUUGUCUACCACGGGUUUAAGCUACAGCAGGUUCCCACUCUCUUCCAGAAGAAGAAGAACCUGCACCUGCUGUUGAGCGUGUUUCUUCUGGGCUUCUGGGGUAUCAUCCUUCUGGCUUGCCGUCUUUACUGGAUGGGCAACAAACCUCCAAACUUCUCCAACUCGGACAACCCUGCAGCAGAUUGUCCCUGUUUCCUGACUAGAACGCUAACCUUCUUUUUCCUCCCCGCCAUGAACGUUUGGCUCCUCCUGUGCCCUGACAUGCUGAGUUUUGAUUGGUCAAUGGAUGCCCUGCCUCUUCUGAGGAGCAUUGCAGAUUGGCGAAACCUCCACACCAUUGCCUUCUACGCCUCGCUUCUGACGCUGGUGUGGUUUGGCCUUCGCCAAUACCCAACCAAAAGUAAGGAGACCAACGGGAAAGCCAAUCAUGUAGCAAACGGGAAGUCCACGAACGGACACAGUUGUAGCUCUGAUUAUGAACUCUCGAGUUUUUACUCCAACUCAGUGCACGUGAAUGGAACAAACGGUACUGCAAAACACUAUUCGUCAUCUUUACCCACCACAGAGAGUUUGGUGGUCUUCUCAUUGGGUCUACUGGCCGUUCCCUUCCUGCCUGCCAUCAACCUGUUCUUCUAUGUGGGCUUUGUGGUGGCGGAGCGAGUACUGUACAUCCCUAGUAUGGGCUUCUGCCUGUUGGUAGCAGUGGGGAUGAGAGCUUUAUACAUUAGGUUGAGGAGGAAGUCCUCCAGAACUUUGGUUCUAGGCUGCUCUGCCGCCCUGGUCCUUCUCUUUGGGAUUAAGACAGUGUUGAGGAACCGUGACUGGCAGAACGAGGAGAUGCUAUACAAGUCAGGAAUAUCUGUGAACCCUGCUAAAGCCUGGGGUAACUUGGGAAACGUCCUCAAGAACCAGGGAAAGGUGGCGGAGGCCGAGCAAGCCUACAGGAACGCUCUGUACUACCGGAGGAACAUGGCUGACAUGUUGUAUAACCUGGGUCUGUUGCUCCAGGAAAACAAUAGAUUCUCAGAGGCCCUCCACUACUAUAAGCUGGCAAUUGGGAGCAGGCCAACACUGGCUUCCGCCUACUUGAACACAGGAAUUGUCCUGAUGAACCAGGGCCGUCUAGAGGAGGCCAAGCGCACCUUUGUCACUUGUGCCGAUAUCCCAGAUGAAAACCUGAAGGAUCCUCAUGCACACAAGAGCUCAGUCACCAGCUGCCUGUAUAACCUGGGAAAGCUUCUUCAUGAACAGGGUCACCAGGAGGAGGCCAUAUCGGUAUAUAAAGAAGCCAUUCAGAAGAUGCCCAGGCAGUUUGCCCCACAGAGCCUUUAUAAUAUGAUUGGAGAGGCCUACAUGAGGCUGAACAAACUGACAGAGGCAGAACACUGGUAUAAGGAAUCUCUCCGAUCCAAGCCGGACCAUAUACCUGCACACCUCACUUACGGCAAGCUCCUGGCUAUGACGGGUCAGAAAACUGAAGCGGAGAAGUUCUUUCUCAAGGCGAUCGAGCUCGAUCCUACUAAAGGAAACUGCUAUAUGCAUUAUGGUCAGUUUUUGCUGGAGGACUCGCGGCUUUUGGAGGCUGCCGAAAUGGCAGAGAAAGCCGCCCAGUUGGACAGUGAAGAAUUUGAUGUGGUUUUCAGUGCAGCUCACAUGCUCAGGCAAGCCAGCCUCAAUGAUGCUGCUGAGAAAUACUACGGACAAGCAGCCAGCCUGAGACCCAAUUAUCCCGCAGCCCUCAUGAACCUCGGAGCUAUUCUCCAUCUCAAUGGCAAACUCCAAGAAGCGGAGGCCAAUUACCUGCGAGCCUUGCAGCUGAAACCGGACGAUACCAUCACUCAGUCCAACCUGCGGAAACUGUGGAACAUCAUGGAAAAACAGGGCUUAAGGACCAUGGCUCCUUGACUUGGACACAUUUGAUCUGACAGCUUCUCUGAAGUUGUAAAGGAGAUGUUCUCUCUGAGCUCUCAGUAAUGAGGUAAUUGACAUCCUACGGCUGACAAAGAACAUCUUCAAAACCUGGGUUACCCAUGGGAUGCUUAAGCAUGCGAGAGCGGCUUCGUCUGGUAAAACUGAGACAUUCUGGAACAAUCUAGAACUGCGGAGCUCUUCAGACGUGUCGGGAGUCCUUAACUUGAAGUGGCCCAUAGAUGCAUACUUGAAGUCUCAUGAUAGAUUAGAUGUUAAUUAGCUAGCCAAUGCUUAAUAGUCUUGAAGGGCAAUAUUUGCCCUGGGACUGAGAAGGAAUUGAGAGUGCUACAACCCCCAUGAGGCUAUACUCUGCAUGUACAGUACAUUUAAAUGUCAUUUCUCUAUUCAUAUGAUUGGAAUCAUUAAUAUUUAAUGAGCACAUCAUGGCUGACAGAAACGCCUGGACGAAAAAAAGAAAAAAAAUUAUAAUAUCUUCUAAACCUCAUCAAAAUAAUUAGGUAAAUAGGCCAAACAUGUCAUAAGUCUUUCUAACUGUAAAAACAAAUGGCAAAAUGAUUGAUUUGUGAGGUUGCAGACUUAGGGUGUGUUCACACUUUUAGUUUGGUUCUCUUGGUUCUUUUGGUCUGGACCAAAAAAAGAAAAGAAUUCAUUUAGUCCUGGUUUACCAGAGUUUGUUUUAAUCUAACCAAACCUGCCAAGUGUGAACACACCCUUAAUGACACUGUACAGAUGAGCACAGACAUUAUGUGAAGUUUGGUUUGGGAUGCAGAAUUCUUAGCGAAUGCUUUUACACGGUCCAUCAACGUUUUGUCAAUCCAGACAGGACAUGCCCACAACACAAGCUAACUAGUGGAUUGUAACUUCUGGGAUCAAGAAAUUGGAUCCAUUUGCUGCAUAUUGCCAAAAAUGACAGGAAAGGAACAUUCGAUAAGCUAUGUAGCCUGAAGGAAAUUAGCGAAUUGAAUUUGCAAAUUUUGCCUUACUUUGCAUAAAACUGUUGUGUAACAAAUAGAUUCAACCGAUUUGAUGUCCUUGUUGCGUUACUAAUAAAAAUUCGGAUGAAAAAUGUUCAUUUGUUAGAAUAUCACAUUUAGCAGAGUGAGUUUAUUCACAGUUGCACCACCAUUCAAAAGUUUGGGGACAGUAAAGACGUUUAUAAUGUUACAAGUGAUUUUAAAUAAAUGCUGUUCUUCUGAACUUUCUAUUCAGUUUACACAAGAAUAUACAAUAUUAAGCUGCAUAACGGUUUUCAACAUUGGUAUUAAGAACUGAUUCUUGAGCACCAAAUCAGCAUAUUAGAAUGAUGAUUUCUGAAGGAUCAUGUGACACUAAAGAUUCAGCUUUUCACAGAAAUAAAUUAUAUUUUAAAAUAAAUAAAAAUUGUAAUUGUAAUAAUAUUCACAGUAUUACUGUUUUUCUGUAUUUUGAUCAAAUCAAAUGCGUCCUUGGUGUGCUUAAGAGACUUCUUUCAAAAACAUAUUUAAAAAAUCCCAAACUUUUGAACGGUAGUGUUUAUUAGAUCUGAACAUUAGGGCCAUGGACAUCGAUUAGUUCUGCUGGUAAUGUCCUUUUGACUGAAUUGAUUCAACAGACCAGAAAUGCAAAGUUUUGACUGGUAACUCCUAACCAAAUACAGAUACGUUUACUUGUUGCACCUAUCUAACAAUAUACAGCCAUAGUUUUGUAAGGGAUUGUUUAUAUGUAUUGUUGGUUUAAUAUUUUCUUCUAUGUUUGAGUGUAUAGAUGGAGCCUAAUAUAUAAAAUGACACAUUACACAGUAUGAUGUUGUUGCUCAAACAGAAAACGAUGAGCUAGAAUCACGAUAUGCGAAUUACUUGUUUAGUUCAUUCAGCGAUUACUUUGUUUCAUGAUGGUCUUUAUUCCGUGCAUGUUCCUGAUCUUUAACUUGGUGCUCUUAUUUGGUGAUCCCAACUAUUUUUAUGAAGGAAUUUUGUAAUAUGAGCCUCUCCAUUCUGAC